AGAGAGAGAGAGAGGGAGGGAGGGCAGAAGGGAGGUGGCUCAGUGUGCCAUUCGGCUUUCGUGCGAUUGGUAUCUGGGCGGAGAGGAGCUCACAGCACCGUCCUGAAGUACAGGAGCGUUGGGAGAAUUCCGGGAGGUUCCGUUCAUUUUGGGCAGCGGCGCGCUUGUGUUCAUUCGAGCCCGGCAAGCUUUCAGUUUUCCCCCCCACAUACCUCCAUCCUGUCCAGGCACGUUUUGGCUGAGACGGUUGCGGGACAGACACACCAUGAGGAUAGAUACACAGAUUGCUGCAGAGAACACCAGACCUCUUAACCCUGGUAGAAGACAAGUGGCCCAGCCCGGCAGACGCAGGACAUCAAUGACUGCUCCCAAGCUAUCAUCGAGGGACAAGGCCGCCAAGCGGAAGAAGGUGUUGAUCACUGUGCUGGCCGUGCUGAUCGUGCUGGCGAUACUGGGGGUGUCUGGAUACUUCGUCAAGAGACUCAUUGACAGCAAGUACUACUUCUGCCUGAAGUCGGUGAAGUUCAUCCCACUGGAGAAUGCGUGUGAUGGGACAGAGGACUGUUCUGGGGGGGAGGAUGAGAGCAACUGUGUUUCCAGCCUGUCCGCCAAUACCACCUUCCCAGUGCGUCUGGUGUCCAGAAGUAAGGUUCUGCAGGUGUUCAGGCCCGAGUCGGGCUGGAGGACAGUGUGCAUGGAGGACUGGAGUACCCAGCACACUGAGAUGGCCUGCCAGCAGCUGGGCUAUGCACUAAACCCUGGCAGCUCAAAAGUUGACGUCCGCAACCUGCCCUCCAGUUUUAGGACCUCGUUCUGUGGGGUCAGGCCUGGCCAAGGGGCGGCCUCCACCAUUCAGCAGUCCGUGUUUGACCGCCAGUCCUGCUCUUCUGGUGCUGUGGUUUCCCUCACCUGCUCAGACUGUGGGGAGAGGCCGGCGCAGGACCGCAUCGUCGGUGGGAAGGACACCGCCAUCGAGGACUGGCCGUGGCAGGUCAGCCUGCAGCAGAACGGCCAGCACACCUGCGGGGGCUCCCUGGUGUCCCCACGCUGGGUCGUCACGGCCGCGCACUGCUUCUCUGGCAGUAAGAAGGAGCUGAGCCGGUGGAAGGUGAUGGUAGGGCACGCGUACUUGGGGUACUUCGGGGGCUGGUCGGUGGACAGAAUCGUCCUGAACGGGGAUUACUCUCCCCGGAGCAAUGACUACGACAUAGCCAUGAUGCGGCUCAGCCAGCCGGUCACCGUGGGAGACACCAGCCGGCCCGUAUGUCUGCCCCCCCACGGCCUGGACUUACUGCCAGAUUCGCCCCUGGUGGUGACCGGGUGGGGCUACCUGGAGGAGAGAGGUAAAGUGUCUUCCGUGCUGCAGAAGGCCAACGUGCCCCUAAUAGCCAGAUCUGUGUGCUCCAGUAGCCAGAUGUACGGGCCCGUCAUCUCUCCCAGAAUGCUGUGCGCGGGGUUCCGGGAGGGCCAAGUGGACGCCUGCCAGGGGGACAGUGGGGGACCCCUGGUGUACUUGUCCAGUCGGUGGCAGUUGGUGGGGGUAGUGAGCUGGGGGCACGGCUGUGCCCGUAGGAACAGACCUGGGGUCUACUGCAACGUGGAGGAGGUGCUGAACUGGGUCUACACCGUCAUGGAGGUAAAUAGCUGAUUGGUUCCAACAACAAAUGAGGGAGGAGCUGGAGAGGAUCUUAUGCACUGAGGAGAUUUCAUGACUUUUUUUUGCCAAAGAUGUUAACAUGUCUCAAAUGCAGGAAUGUGCACACAUGCGCGCGCGCACACACACACGCAUACAUUCAGAAUCACACCCUACCUUCAAUUUCACAUUUCCAGUCAUUUCUGUGAAUGAUCCUUCACAAGAGUUGUACAAAUCCAUAAGCACUCAUUGCCAGCUUCAUUGGCACUGAAUAGAUGCUUAUGAAUAUAGUAAUCGGCUUAUGAAUCUAAUUCUGUGCUCAUUGACAUGAAACUGUUUGUCAGUAACCUGCAUAUAUGCAUAUGGUGUGUAAUUUUUUGUGAUGUCAUGGUCACUUGCUGCAUCAGUGGUGACUCAACACAGAUUAUGCUGGCAUAAUGAAAUGAUCUGUCAUGCUUAUGAAGCUGGUAUUUGCUGCUUAAGGAGUAAUGCAGCUCAUAUCUUAUGUAUAAUAAACAUAUCUCAGGGCAUCUCUAUCUAAUGAAAGGACACCUGCAGUAUGGAUGGAAAAGCAAACCCAUCUGUAUUUUACGCAAAAUGGCUGCCAAAGCUACUUGGUCAGCCAUUUUGAUUAAACCUAAAAUGUGUUGCAUUUUAAACUGUACUGUACAUCCGGAUGUGAAAUGGUAGUUUGCCGUUUCAUUGCAUGUUGGCUUGUGCCUUGAAAGUGAUCAGUUCAGGUUUAACUUUUAUAUAUUAUAAGUUCUAUAUUCAGAUGUGAUUUCUGUUUCAGGUGUUUUUUACUUUCUAUUUGUCACAGUGGCCUUACCAUUGCAGAGCACAAGAAGGGAUUAAACGGUAUUGGCUUUGUGUAAAUAUUGUAAACAUAAUGAUUUUUUCUAAGUUAUAAAUGCUAACCUUGUAUAUACAUUACUGAUUGUAUAAUUUUCUUGUAAAUAUCAUGUGCAAUAAAUGUUUUGUGAAUAAUUUAA